GGGCGGAAUUCGGAGCGGAGGGAAGUACGGGAGUGAGAGUAACACCGCAGCCGCCGGCGCCGCGGGACGCCGCGGGGGCACGCCGCACCCCUUUCUGCCGCGGGGACCCCGAUCCGAACCCCCAGAGCGGGGAGGUGCCCGAGGACCCGCCCCGGCCCGGUCCACGUUUUCCCCAGGAAGCCGGACUCUAUGGGGCGGGACCCCGGGGGAGACUGAGCAGCACCCGGAGCCAGCCCUGAACCCCUGAACCUCGAUCCAGGGGCGCCCCGUCCUGUGGGCGCGCCGCCCUCCCGCGGAGCAGCCAUGAGUGAGACGGUGAUCUGCUCCAGCCGGGCCACGGUGAUGCUGUACGACGACGGCAACAAGCGGUGGCUGCCGGCGGGGACGGGCCCCCAGGCCUUCAGCCGAGUCCAGAUCUACCACAACCCCGCCGCCAACUCCUUCCGGGUGGUCGGCCGCAAGAUGCAGCCCGACCAGCAGGUGGUCAUCAACUGCGCCAUCAUCCGGGGUCUCAAGUACAACCAGGCCACCCCCAACUUCCACCAGUGGCGGGACGCCCGCCAGGUCUGGGGCCUCAACUUCGGCAGCAAGGAGGACGCAAGCAUGUUCGCCGCCAGCAUGGCCAGUGCCCUGGAGGCCUUGGAAGGAGGUGGGCCUCCAGCGCCAGCACCGCCGCCGCCACCCGCGCAGCCGCCCGCCUGGUCCCAGAACGGCCCCGCCCCCGAGGAGGCGGAGCUCCAGAGGAGGCCGCCGGAGCAGGUGGAGCGCCGGGUCUCCAAUGCAGGAGCCCCCCCUGCUCCCCCAGCUCCCCCAGCUGGGGGGCCGCCUCCACCUCCAGGACCGCCCCCGCCGCCGGGUCCGCCCCCGCCCUGCGGUCUGCCCCCCGCAGGGGCCUCAGCUGUAGGGCAUGGAGCAGGGGGAGGCCCGCCCCCUCCGCCCCCUCUCCCCACCGCAGCGGGCCCCAGUGGUGGAGGGGCUGGGGCCCCCGGCCUGGCUGCAGCCAUUGCCGGAGCCAAACUCAGGAAAGUCAGCAAGCAGGAGGAGGCCCCGGGGGGCCCCGCCGCCCCCAAAGCUGAGAGCAGUCGCAGCGCGGGGGGCGGGCUCAUGGAGGAGAUGAACGCCAUGCUGGCCCGGAGAAGGAAAGCCACCCUAGUUGGGGAGAAACCCCCCAAGGAUGAAUCUGCCAAUCAGGAGGAGCCAGAAGCCAGAGUCCCAGCCCAAAGUGAACCUGUGCGGAGGCCCUGGGAGAAGAACAGCACAACCUUGCCAAGGAUGAAGUCUUCGUCUUCAAUGACCACUUCCGAGGCCCACACCUCCACACCCAGCUCCGGCGAUGAGUCAGACCUGGAGAGGGUGAAGCAGGAGUUUGUGGAAGAGGUGAGGAAGGAAUUGCAGAAAGUGAAAGAAGAAAUAAUUGAAGCCUUUGUCCAGGAGCUGAGGAAGAGGGGCUCCCCCUGACCCCUGGCCCAGAAGACCCCGUUUCUCCUUUCUGCACAUCUCGCCUGUCACCCUGCUUUCCCUGCCUCAACUUGACUUGGAAUUGGCCGAAGGCUACACAGGAAUGCGUCUUCCCCACGCCUCAUCCCGCUUGGAAAAUUCCAAGGGGGUGUGGCUUCUGCCAUGCCCACUCCUGUACUGGCUGCUGAUUGGCUGGGGAGGCCCCCACCCUCUGCUCCCUUUGGUCCUUCCCCUCUGCCAUCCCCUUGGGGCAGGUUCCUCUGCUGGGGAUGUACCAAUUAACCCCACAAUAGGGGGAGGAAGGAGGGAAUUUCACAUUCCCUUGUUCUAGAUUUCACUUUAACGCUUAAUGCCUUCAAAUUUUUGUUUGUUUUUUUAAGGAAAAAAAUUAUAAAUAUAUAUAUAUAUUUAGGUUUUGGGGGGAAGGGAAAUUUUUUUCUCUUUGGUUUUGAUAAAAUGGGGAGUUUUUAAAUGCUUUAGCCCCAGGCUUGUCCCAUUCGGGCAGCUAUUUAAGGUGGGGAGGGGGUGUCCCACCAGGCUGGGGGCACCCCCUCCCUCUGGCUCCUUCCCCUUUUCUAUGAGGAAUUAAGAUGCUGUAACUUUUUGGAACCUCAGUUUUUUGGUUUUUUAUUUGGGUAGGUUUGGGGGUCCAGGCCGUUUUUAUCCCCUUCGGGAGAAUAAGGUGAAGGAGGGAGGAAAAGGGGAGGACAGCUCGCCUCCGCUCUCCCACCUUCACCUCCAGCUUCUUGAAAAUGGGCCCUGCGGAAUAAACCUGCCUGUUUUUAUAAACGCU